CAGAGGAAAGAGACAGAAACAGAGGAGAGAGAGAGAGAGGAGGGGAUCAUGGCUCACAUCCAUCAUUCAUUUUUGGGAUUGCUUGUGACCGUUUUGUACCUGCUAACAGGUGGCAGUGGAGAAACUCUCUCUAUGUUCUCCAGAGUGGGAGAUGAUGUCAGUCUGCCGUGUAACAAUGUGGUUUAUCCAAACUGCUCCUCAACUACAUGGAACUAUAACAGAGCUGCAACUGCUAUUGAACUAGUCGGUCUAGGGAAGGUGAAAAAACAACUCAACAACAUAGCAGACAGACUGAGUUUAGGGUCUAACUGUUCUCUACAUGUUAGUAAUGUCAGAGCUGAGGAUGCUGGACAAUACACCUGUCAACAGUACCUUACAGAGACUGGACCAAGACAUGGAGAUGAUGCCCCUGUUCAUCUAUCUGUUCUAACCAUCAUUGGCAGCAGAGAACUGGAAGGAGAGACGACCAAAGGAGGAGUUGGCUUUAGGGGUGACCAGAGAGAUAUACCUGCUGGAGCGCGUGCUACAGUCUCCUCUACCACACCAGUGACAGAUCUGAAGUCAAAUGUAAAUAUGACAUUAAGGUGUUCUCUGCUCACCUAUAUGGGACAUGGAACAUGCAUCUCAGGAGUUAGUCUCAGCUGGGGGCCUAAAACAGGUACUAAUGCCCAGGUCACACUGGAUUCUUCCUGUGAAAUCUCACUGACUGUGACACUCCAGAAGGAGGACAACAACAGGAAGUGGACGUGCACGCUGACUGAAAAAGGAAACGUGAAGAUCUCGAUUGACUUCCCCUCCACAUUCUCAGAUAUUGAAGAAAAGACCACUGAUAAUGAUGAUGUCAUCUCCACUGUCCCAGGUUCUCAGAAGGUCAUCCUCACGGUGUCUGUAGGAGUGGCUGUGGUAGCAGCGGUGUGUGUCACUGCUGCUGUCAUCAUAGUACGCAGGAGGAGAGACAAGAAUCAAGUGCCAACUGAUAACAGCAUUGGUCUGAAUGCAGUAAACCACUCCACCCAACCAACCAAUGAGAGUCAACCUGCUGACAGAAUCACCUAUUCCUCCAUUGACCACUUCAAUCAAAAUCCCCUUCAGAGAGAUGACGCCCAAGGUGAAGAUGCAGUGAUGUAUGCCUCUGUUAUGCCCUCUACUGGCAGAGGGAGAGAGACAGAGAACCCUGCUGACCCCAGCUCCCUCUACUCCACUGUCAACAAACCUCAGGGAGUCAAGACAUCAACAUGAAGACUAUUCUCAUUCACACCCUAAUCCAGACUUAAUAUGGUUCUAGGAACAGAGAUUUUUGUGCUAUUAAAAGGGGCAAUCUGCACUAGUUACAUCCAUUUCUAGACGUAUAAAUGAAUGAUAUGCACCCAUUGAUUCUUGAAAAAUAAAACAUAGAAAUGCCUCAUGAGUUUAGUUAAACUGUCAUAACCCAUCAGAACCCAAAAUAUAUGCUUGUUUUACUCCAAUGUUUGUAAACAAAUGAAAUGUAAACAAACACACUGUAUAGCUCAAAACAUGGUUUAAACUAUAAUGUUGAUAUCAUGGACAGCCAGUCAUUGCAUCUUUAGCUCUGUCUAGGAGAGUGGUUCGCCAGCCCCAUCCCUCAGCUUUUCAGCAAAACAGUGGCGGAGAGUGUGAUUGGUUAAUGUUUCAACUGCUGAUUGCCGCUUUAAGAUGUGUAUAUUUUAUUGAUAUAGACCAAUGAGUUAGGAGACAGGAAAAGUGGAAGCGUUUGAGAGUGAGAACUGCACGCUUCAGAUUCAAAUUCAUGCUGACUGAUAGCCUAGGCUAUACAGUAAUAUACUGUAUAUGCACAUAUAAAAUAUUACUGCCCAAUAUUACACACUACUAUCCAGGGUGUACAGCUUCUACUGUAAGACCAGAGUGUGGCUAUUUUGCAAGAAUCUCACAUGUAAAAUAUUGUUUUGGUUACUA